UUCACAUCUCCAGAUCACAGCUCGGAACAAAUACUCGGAAGGAAUGGAAGCUCGCAGAAUGUCUGUCUCUGAAAUGAAGGCGUUGUGUUGGGCCCAUGGCAUUGCUGUCUCGCUACUCCUGCUUCCCUGGGCACCAUGCAAAGGCUCCGUACCGACUGUCAAUGCUGCCCUUCAUGGAACCGCCGUCCUUCCCUGUUCAGUCCCAUUUAUAUCUGGCACAGAGGAUCUGCUGGUGUUAUGGGUGAAGAAGAUCGGCACAAAACCAUCCUUGGUGCUUCACACCUUUAAUAAAGGACAAUUCGAUUUAACGCACCAGGCUCCUCAGUACAGAGGCCGCACCAACAUGUCUCCUGACUUGUCUAACGGGAGACUGGACCUGACUCUGACCCACGUGAAGCAUCGUGACGAAGGAGUUUAUGUCUGUCAAGUGACCAACACGGCGGAUUACAGAGACAUCGAGGUCGGACUGACGGUUAUUGGCUCCGUACAGAACGUCACUGCUGCCCUUCAUGGAACCGCCGUCCUUCCCUGUUCAGUCCCAUUUAUAUCUGGCACAGAGGAUCUGUACGUGUCAUGGGUGAAGAAGAUCGGCACAAAACCAUCCUUGGUGCUUCACACCUUUAAUGAAGGACAAUUCGAUUUAACGCACCAGGCUCCUCAGUACAGAGGCCGCACCAACAUGACUCCUGACUUGUCUAACGGGAGACUGGACCUGACUCUGACCCACGUGGAGCAUCGUGACGAAGGAGUUUAUGUCUGUCAAGUGACCAACCCGGCAGAUUACAGAGACAUCGAGGUCAGACUGACGGUUAUUGUUCCAGUGUCAGAUCCGGUCCUGAGUGUCUCUUGCCGUCCGGAUGGCAGCGCCGAGAUCUCCUGCUGGGUCCAGAACGGAUCAGAUCCGACAUACUCACUGAGUAUGAAUGGAAGGUUAGAGCUGGAUUCUGUCUCCUCAGUGAGUGGGAGUGGAGUUACCAUCAUCGUGUCCUCAGCCGCCUCGUGGAAUAUCAGCUGCUCAGUGAGGAACCGGAUCAGUGAGAGAAAUUCCAGCCUGAUUUCCGAGUCCUGCGCCGGCUCCGUACCGACUGUCACUGCUGUCCUUCAUGGAACCGUCGUCCUUCCCUGUUCAGUCCCAUUUAUAUCUGGCACAGAGGAUCUGCUGGUGUCAUGGGUGAAGAAGAACGGCAAAAAUCCAUCUUUGGUGCUUCACGCCUUUCAUAAAGGAGAAUUCAAUUUAACGCACCAGGCUCCUCAGUACAGAGGUCGCACCAACAUGUCUCCUGACUUGUCUAACGGGAGACUGGACCUGACUCUGACCCACGUGGAGCAUCGUGACGAAGGAGUUUAUGUCUGUCAAGUGACCAACCCGGCGACUUACAGAGACAUCAAAGUCAGACUGUCGGUUUUUGUUCCAGUGUCAGAUCCGCUCCUGAGGGUCUCUUGCCGUCCAGAUGGCAGCGCUGAGAUCUCCUGCCGGGCCCAGAACGGAUCAGAUCCGGCAUACUCACUGAGUGUGAAUGGAAGGAUAAAGCUGAAGGAUUUUCACUCCUCAGUGAGUGGGAGUGGAGUUAACAUCACCGUGUCCUCAGCCCCCCCGUGGAAUAUCAGCUGCUCAGUGAGGAACCGGAUCAGUGAGAAACAUUCCAGCCUGAUUUCCGAGUCCUGCGCCGAGAAAAAGCACCGGAAUGAACAUCACAUUGUCAUAGAACAAAACUUUCUAGACCCAGAAGUCAGUCAGAGGAAAGGUUCUAUUGAAGAGAGAUCAGCUGGAAGUGGCAGAGUCUGUCCUGGGCCAGGGCUUGUCCUCACCAUAGCGCUUCUUGUUUUUUUGUAGUGAAUGAACAUUUUGGAAUUGUGGUUACUUCUGCAAUAAUUGUCUGUAACGUGUGAUCUGAUCUACUUCUAAGUCACAAGAAUCAACAAACAAUCAUAAUCUUCAUAUAUCUGAACGGACAUUGGAGGCAAGCUCCCCUUCAAUCAAUAUCAUUGUCAUCCACAGCUGCUGGAUACAUAACAGUUGGUGAGAUCAAUGUGUGUCGAGAGAUAUAAAAGGAGGUUGUUGCGCUGUGGGGUUUGGCUGUGUGUGUAUUUGGGAUAUAUAUGUUUUGCUGUGUUGUUACUUUAUAAUAAAAUAUGUUUUAAUGUAGACAAA